AUGAGUUCAAGACUGAUACCCAUCAAGGACCAGGCUGCGUUGGUACUUGAGGAUGGUAAAAUAUACAAGAUACAGCAUAGAAGGCAGCGUAAAAUCCUGAGCUGCGUACCAUGCCACCAACGGAAGAUCAAAUGCUCGCGGGAUCACCCUGUUUGCACGAACUGUAUGAAGAAUAAUUGGAAGUGCUCUUAUUUUGUCAACGACAGAGUAUCGCGUGGUGGGCAGACAUCCAUCACUCCUAAGAGUGAGAACGAAGCUGGCGCUGACACUGGUGUAUCAAUGACGAAUGAUAGUCUCGUCGGAAAUUAUACCGAAGUCGAGAAGAAGCAGAGGCUUCUCAUGGCAAUCGAAGAAGCGAGGACCAUGCUCCGAGACGAGAAGAAUUUGAUAGAGCUCAGUAAGAAGCAGAAACGGAAAUAUACCAGGCGAAAGCAACAGCAGCAGGACCAACAGCGCCUGCAACAGAAGCAGAAUCUACAGCAGCAGCAGCAGCAGCAGCAGCAGCAACAGCAGCAACAGCUCACUGAUUCUCAGACUCCACUUCUCAGCACAGAACCCGCAGUUUAUUCACAUUCCGGUUCAAACCUGUUGAACCCAUCACCAACCUCAGCUCUGACGCCUCUUUUGCAACCUUCAAUCACCACACCUGCUUUUUCACCUCUGGCGUCCUCGGUUUCCUCUCAAGAAGGUCCGAGUAUAUCUCCCAAAGACAUUCUGGUGUACUUACCAGAAAAAGGUAGAUGUUUUCUCUUGAUUGAGGUUUACAAAAUGACAGUGCAUCCAAUCAUUCCGGUAAUAGACAUAGAUCAGUUCACAAAUGACCAUGACGAGUUUUGGAAUUCCAUAGAGCAUAGCAAGCAAGUCUCUACUGACUUCUUACUGCUUUUGUUUCCCAUUUUGUACGCGGCCACCAAGUCCGAAUUCCAUCGCUUCAACAAUAAUGACGAAUUAUUUCAAGAAAUGGGCAGUUAUCAAGAGGCAGCUAAUGUGCUUUACGCUAUGAAUGAUUUUCCUAACAGAUAUUCAUUAAAAAUUUUGACUGGGUUCGUGUUGAUAAACUCCAUUGUGGAAAACCCCAAUAUCACUAUUAUUGCGCAACUAUCUAGAUUGGCUCAACGUGCUAUGUUGACUCGGGAUCCCGCAUCUUACCAUGAGAUCAGUGAUGCCAGUUUAGUUCAGUCGCGUCGUAUUUUGUUUUGGCAAAUAUUUCAGCUUGAUACAAUGACUUCUCUGCACAACAAUUUACCACCUUUAAUGAAAUUGGACGAAUUCGACACGGCUUUGCCUGCAGAAGUUGUGCAAGGUAAACUUAAUCCCAGCUUAUGUUUUCUAAACGCAAAAUACAGGUUUGUCUUGCUGCUGAACGAACUGUGUACACAAACCAACACGGGCAUGUUUCAAGGCCUCAAGGAGCGAAUCGUUGAUCUACACGCAUGUUGUAUGGGAAGUGCUUUGUCUUUGCGUAGUUAUCUGAAACAGGAAAAUCAACCUCCUAAUGUCAACACCAAGUUCAUUGAAUGGGCGGUAUUCAUGCUGAAUACCUUUGCGGAUCGUGCAUGUCUACUGUUACAUUUAAACAUCAUAAAAACGUCUAUGCCUUUACUUAUGAAACGAAGGCGAUUGUGGAAAGAAGAAAUAAGCUCCAAAGAUGGAGCGCCUUCAGAUCCUAUAGCUGAAAGCGGGUACGGUAAGAAUUUUUUGACAAUUCAAAGCAUACUCAAUGAUAGUGGUAAUUUGACAUUAGAACAUGCGUUAAUCGACUGUCCUGACGGUACAACUGCUAGCGGAUUUGUCUACAAUUACGAAGAUUUGACAAGUAAUCUUAUCCCUGCAUCUCUACACUAUCUGGAUGAAUUUCUCAAAUAUCACUCUGAUGAAAACUAUUCGUGCUACAAUUGGGAACUUUUGGUCGGCAACAUGCCUAUAAAUGCCAUCACCUUCGCCUUAAAAACACUUGCCCUCGAUUUGAACCGUGCGCAACAAAUGAAUCAAAUCCUCAUACUUCAAAAUGAUUUGCGAUACAUUCUCUUGUCAAAGGCAAUUCCUGUUGCGGAGAUGAAGGUCGAUCACAAGACUGCGGUUUGCAAGAAUUGUUUCCAGCUCAUUAAACUGCUCUUCAGGCUCAUUAUCGUCAAGUUUGGAACCAUCAUGGGAUCAACAGAUAGCGUGGCGCUGGAUCCGUCUAAGAUUUUUUACAGCAAGUACGAUGUGGGUAGUACGCCUCUUCUAAGCAACCACUCCAACGUGGUACCACAGCCUAGUCUCAGCACACUGACCACGGAGGACGGCAGCGGGCCAGGCUCCAAAAGAAACAGUGACGUUGUGAUCCCUACCCCUGGUGAUCUCGAUCAGCAAAGAGAUACCAACCGCAUUCUAAGUAUAACCAGCAUCAUUAACAGUGAAGACCUGUUCAACGACGGUUUUUCGUUCUCAGGAAAUCUGAUCUACAAUAACAACGCCCUGGACACUUCCUACACCACUUCAUGCGCACAGAUCGCCCCUCGUACUAUGAGGGCUCUAGCGUCCCUCCCGCACAGCCGCUCGCCAUAUUCCCUGUUUGGCAAUAUGUCCACAAGCUCCCAGUCCAUGGAUAGUAACCUACUUUUCAACCCUUUCUUCAAGGGUCUUUCACCGGCUAGCGAGUUUGUGGAGUCGCAGGCGAAAAGGUGUACAAGUGCCGAACUCGAGCCUGAAGUUUCUUCCGUCGCACCCGUUUUUGAGCCCUCACAAGAAAUUGAUCGAAUCUAUCAAGAGGUGCAACGCUACAUUGUGCUUCUGAACGGCGACACUGGGGAGUUGGAAGCCAUCGGGACCGGAGACGAGUAUUAUCGUGAGUUCGAGAAUGCGCUCUUAGAAAUAAUCUGCGGAAUUUUAAGUAGUUAA